AUGAGAGCUAGGUUGAUAGUGUUUCCGAUCAGAGGGAGGAACUGGUGCUUUAGCAGAUCGAUUGACCAGUCCGUUUUGGACUCUCAGUAUUCCCAAACUCCUUCCACGUUCAAACAACUCUGGAUGAAGAUCUCAUCCUCUGAGAAAGCCACCGACUCCAAUGCCGAGCUGCUUAUUGAUUUCGUUGCUAAUAAGAUGAAUAGGGCCUGGACUGGUCUUGAAAAAGCACCACCUGGAUGUUUCAAAAACAAGAUUCAUGGGUUGGGAUCACGCCUCUUGGCUGGCGUUAGGCCUUCUGAGAUUUUCUUGAAAUCUAUAUCUAAGGAGGACAGUACAGAUAGAGCAAAAUCAUUGGCCUGA